UAAUAAACUUUAUUUCUUAUUGAAAUGGUAUGACACUAUACUCAUAACCUAGCCAUCAGCCUAAACUAUGAAAUUGAGAAAUAAGAUUAAUAGAAACAAUAUCCACAAAUAAGGCAAGGUACCAAAGUCUCUGAUGGUAAAUGUUUACAUUAACUCAGAAAACUGAAGAAGCUGCAGCCAUGGGUCCUAUUCUCCUAGGAGUGUUUCUUUUUGUGGUUGUUGGAUCAGGUAUGCCAUCCCUAUAAUCAAUAGCAAUUUUCUAAAUUCUGAAUGUCUUAUCUAAUGGUAAUGAGGUGUGAUUUCCCGAGUGAUAAUAUAAAUUGUUUAUUAAUAAAUUAACAAACAAACAAUGGAACCCAUACAAAUGUAGAUAUGAUUCCCAUCCGAGUAUACAUGAAGACACAGUAACACCAUGAGAUCAAUUAUCCACAUUUAAUAAUAGAGUCAUCUAGAAGAAUUGAUAAAGCAGUUAACAAGUAGAACAAGUGUAAA